GAUUUCAAGGGCGCGAACUACUUCCUCCGGAAUGAAGGCCAGCGCUAGGGAGGGGGUCGCGGCCAUUGACUGGCAGUGGACUGGCCCGGGCAUAGGUGCGACGGACAUGAUCUACCUCUUUUGCGGCAGCGUGGAGGAUGAGAUUGUCGACAACUACAAGUAUUGGCUCGCGCAGUACCACAACAGGCUUGCUGAUGAAUCGUAUUCAUUCGACGAUUUUUACAUCGACUUCAAGGCGGCAACACUGGACUAUGCCCGCUGGGUUUUUGCCUAUCGGUUGGUCGGAGACACGCCAGAGAAAUUUCGACAACGUGCCGAGAAAGUGGAUGUGAACCUGGGCCUUUUCCGCCGGCACUCCCCAAGGAUACGUUGGCUGCUUCAGUUGGUGGAGGAGUUCCUCCCCGAAGCAGAAGCCGGACGCUUUGAGUGCGAGCUCUGA